AUGGAUUUGCAAACUAAGAACUUUCAUCACCCUUACACGCCCUAUGACAUUCAAAUCCAGUUUAUGCAAGCACUCUACACAUGUCUUGAGGAGGGCAAAGUGGCUAUUUUCGAAUCCCCAACCGGUGAGGGCAAAUCUCUGAGUUUGAUAUGUGGUUCCUUGACUUGGCUACGUGAUCACAAACGUUCUGCUUUCCAGGAUAGCAUUGAUAAAGCACUGGGUAAUGACCAGAGCGAGCCCGACUGGAUGUUGGAUUACGCGAAAGAUGAAUUGAGUCGUUCCGUUCUCGAGAGAAGGAAAAGGCUCGAGGAGCAAUUAGAGAGGGCUAGAGUUCGAGAAGAGAAACAAAGGGAUGUCGAGGGCGACUCAAAGAGACGUCGAAAAAAGCAGAAACUGGGUAGAGCGUCAACUGGGCCCACUUUGCACGAAGAUCAAUUCCUCAUAGAUGAAUACGACAGUAGCGAUGACCAGCCAAGUUCAUCCACAAAGAAUACGCCUUCCAACGGUGAACUAUCUUCCAGCACUCUCGAAUUGCUGCGCAGGCUCCAAGGGCAAUCAUCUGUGAGAAGCGAUCAAGACGACGAGCAAGAAAAUGAGAUCAAGAUCUUCUUUUGUUCUCGGACACACUCUCAACUAUCUCAAUUUGCCGGUGAAUUGCGACGCAUUACAUUGCCUUCAAGUAUUCCGCAAAAUAUGGUAUCAAGUGGAAGCAAUACAUUAGAAGAACGUAUAAGACACCUCUCCCUUGGAUCCCGAAAGAAUCUUUGCAUCAAUACUCAGGUAUCUUUUCUUGAAAAUCCAACAGCAAUCAAUGAACGCUGUCUUGAAUUGCAGCAACCUGGCGUGCCGACAGAACACCAGUGCCCCUAUCUGCCGUCAAAAGAAGACGAGACACAUUCUAUCCAGUUCCGAGAUCACACAUUUGCGACAGUUAAAGAUAUUGAAGACUUAGGGAAAGUCGGAAGGGAAAUCGGCAUAUGCCCUUAUUAUGCUUCUCGCUCAGUCAUCAAACACAGCGAGAUUGUCACUCUACCAUAUCCUCUCUUGCUUCAGCGCUCAGCAAGAGAAGCACUCAAUAUAUCGGUCAAAGGUCAUAUCGUUGUCAUUGACGAAGCCCAUAAUUUGAUGGAUGCAAUCUCUAAUAUGCAUUCAACAACCGUGACGCUCUUUCAAUUCGAGCUGUCUAUCUCGCAAUUGACGACCUACGCCCGCAAGUUCAAGACACGGUUGAAGGGACAAAAUAGGAGCUAUAUCGCUCAAAUCAUCCGACUCCUUGGCUCAAUUUCAUAUUAUCUCCGCUCUGUGCUGACCGGCAGUGGGCCAUCUGAAGGACCUGUCCUACCUUCAGACCUUAUGUCUGGGAAAGGCGUCGACCAGAUCAAUCCCUACAAAUUAAGUCGCUAUCUCCAGGAGAGUAAACUCGCGAGGAAAGUCGAUGGCUAUGUCGAAUUCUCGAGAGAGAUGGCUGGAAAUAGGGCUUCUGAGAAGACUACAACACCUGUAUUGUUCCAAAUACAAGGGUUCCUGCUUUCAUUGAUGAAUCCGUCUGCCGAAGGGCGAUUGUUCUAUGUGAAAGACAAGGGUGAUAUCCAGUUGAAAUAUAUGCUACUUGAUCCGACAAAUCAGUUCCGUGAUAUAGUUGAUGAUGCCAGAGCCGUCAUAUUAGCUGGUGGAACGAUGUCUCCGUUGACUGAUUACAUGAACCAUCUGUUCCCCUAUGUUCCCUCUGAUCGACUGAGCACCUUCAGCUAUGGUCAUGUCAUUCCAUCCAAGAACCUGACUGUGCACACGCUAGGACGUGGAGUACAAGGCUCAGAUCUCGAGUUCAGAUAUGAGUCGCGAGACGCCGAGGCGAUGAUACUUGACCUUGGCCGGACAAUAGCUUCAAUUUGCAACGUCAUACCUGAUGGUGUUGUUGCUUUCUUCCCAAGUUAUGACUACCUAGGGCAGGUUGUGAAUGUGUGGAAAAGGCAUGUAGUGGGCGAGGGCGGCCAAAACUUAUACGAGCUAAUCAACAGAAAAAAGCCGGUUCUUUUCGAGUCUCGAGAGAUGGCUGACUCAACGGAUACAUUGCUUCAGAAGUAUACCGAACUCAUCGAUUCGAACAGUGGUGCACUUCUGUUGUCCAUAGUGGGUGGAAAGCUAUCCGAAGGAAUCAAUUUCUCUGAUCGACUCGGACGUGGCAUACUCAUCAUCGGACUCCCAUUCCCAAACAUCCGAAGUGCUGUCUGGCAGGCAAAGAUUGAGUAUGUUGAACAGAAAGCGUUUGAUCAAGCAACUGGUUCUGAAGCCAACCGGCGGUCAAGCGCCAAAGCUGCCGGGAGAGAUUACUACGAAAACGCUUGUAUGCGAGCAGUGAACCAAUGCAUUGGACGAGCUAUCCGGCAUCGCAAUGACUAUGCGGCUAUUGUGUUGAUGGACAGACGAUAUGAUAAAGCGAACAUCAGUGGUAAGCUUCCGGCAUGGAUCAGACAAAGUAUGGUUACUGCUUCCAUGAAUCAGCCUGCAAGUAGAACGAUCCAAAGCCUGUCCGAUUUCUUCCAGGGUAGCAAGCAAUGA